UCGUAUAUAAAAUACAUGGCUUAUAAUAAUAUUAAAAACAAAUAUAACAUUUUUCUUUUAGGGAAAACUGAAAUAUUUAGGGAGCCAGUCUCCUGGUAUAUAGCAAUUAGUUCCUCUAAAGAUUCUAAACCAUACCUUAUACAGCAUAAUGAAAAUACUUUGACCACCUUACCAUCCAUUUUACCGUCAGAAGAUCUAAUUUCAGGAUCUGGAAAUGGCGAAUCCAAAUUUGUAACCACAAGUGUAUCUGAAAAUUACUCUCUACCAGAUAAUACCAUUGAAUCUGGAAAUGGCGAAUCCAAAUUUUUAACUGAAGAAACAAGUGGGCCAAAGUUCACCUGUGAAACAGAAGACGGCGAUAUUAUUAACACGAUAACAGCUCCAAAUUUGGUGAUUGGAAUAAGAUUGGAAAAUCAGACCUUAACUCUUAACCUAGAACAAGAAACAAAAUUUAGAGGUAAAAUUGUUUAUUUUAGACCUUCCGAGUCAAAUUUUAUAUCUAUCCAAUAUAUCCUUUAA